UGAGGGGAAAAAAUAUUAUCUUGGUCAUCAUUUUGGCCUCAAAAUGGCGUCGUUCUCACUGCAGCUGAAGUCAGAACUUAAACUUGAAAUAAUGCAAAUAAACUAGCCUUUUAAUGAUUUGCACAACUUAAAUGGCUUGAUAUUUAUUAAACAAAUACAAAUGCAAGCCGUAUUCUGUUCUAGGUUUAUUAGUUUUAUUAUAUGCGUAGGAAAUGUACGGUAGAUCUAAUGUUCAUAUUCCAAGGCCAAGGCAAAUAAAAUGGAGUAGCAGGUUUUAAUCACUAUUUCAGUUUUUCUUGGUUUGACAGACACUGAGUCCUAUUGGGUGGCUCAAGUCAAAAUGAAAGCGAUUUUAUUUGCACACUUUUUAGAGCUUCGAUAAUCAUUUUUUUUUAAAACCUAGAUUUAGAUCUAGGCAGCUUUUAGUCUAAAUUUCUAGUCUAGAAUCUAGAUCAAGUCUGGUUUUAGUUUCCAAUCAUCAUGGAUAGAGCAGGCAGUUGUACCAAAAGUCUUGACAAAGAAAGAAAGUUAGAUUUAGAAACUAGAAGCCUAAGUGUACAACUGAAUAGUCUAGUUAAAGUAACCCAGUAAUUAUUAGAAAUCUAGAUAUAGCCAUAGCACAGGAAUGAUUUUUAAGAAGAGAUAAUAAAGCCAUGAAUUCAGGCAAGCAGCAUCACUAACUGGCUGAAUUUGAGGGUGAAAUAAUUCAUAAAUUUAACAAUAAUAAUGAUUUUAUUCCAAGUUUAAAGCUGCCGAGGUAGCAGGCACAAUCACUUUCAAGAUGGGGAGACACUGCUCAGCCAAUGGGUGCAAUAAUGGGGAUAAAAAUGCCAGUUCCAGGGAAACAAAAAUUAGCUUUCAUUCCUUUCCUUUAAAAGAUGAAACUCUACUAAAACAGUGGCUUGUCAAGAUGAACAGGGAAGGUAUAAAACCCACCCAGUACAUGCACCUGUGCUCGGAACAUUUUGUGGAGGAGGAUUUUGUCUACCAGCCUUUUACAGGUCAACGACAGCUAAAGAAAGGUGCAGUUCCGUCAAUAUUUUCUAUUAAAAAGUCUCACAAAAAGCAAGCACCCUCUGUUGUAACACAAUUAAAUAAAUUAGAAGAUAUUGAAUGUAAGAAUAGCUUGGAUUCUACUGACAGCACAUCUGAUAUAUACCAAGAUGAAGAACAGUUUAAUUUAGAAGUAAGCAGCUUCAAAGACUUCAGCUCUCCCCUAGAUAUAUUAGAUAGCCUUGAUAUGCCCCUGAAGCCCUGGGAUGAACUCCUGCUGUCACCAGAUUCUAAAACUGGACCUGACGAGUCAGAAAGUUUGGACAACUGGAGUGAGUACCCAUUGCUAGGCACAGAUUUUAUUAGUUCUAAAAAUAGUUUUGGAUUUAAAUACUUCACUUCAGAAAUGGACGACAACGGUAUUACUGGUUUCAGUUCUGAGAGUAUCAAUUUCAAGGAUGAUAACCGACCUUUUGGUUUACUAUCAUUCAACAAAGAUGAAGAAAUCAAUUAUGAAGGUACAAAACAAGAUUUUAAUAGUUACAAUGAUGAAACAGCUUGCAAGGGGCCAGAUAUUCUCCUGGGGUCUUUAGAAAAACAUUUUGUCAAAAAUAUUUCUGUUGAGGAGCCACAAACCUGCCUGAAGACAUACAGUGAAGAAACUCUCCCUGUCGAUGAUAAUUUGUCUUUACACUUUACUUACACCAGCCUUACUGAAUCUCAAGAAAUGCCCACAGUUCUUGUAAUGCUACAAGACUCAGAUCUUUUAGUUCCUGAUUCUACACUGGAUCAACCUACAGAGAGCAAAAUGAAUGAUAAACUUCAAGGACGAAAACACAAAAAAAAACUCUUCAAAAAUGAUACCCAUAACACAAUUACACAGUUUGCAACAAAAUCUAAAUGGCUUAGGAAAUUUAUUAAGAGCAGGUAUAUAAACAAGAAUACCCCACAGAGACCUUCCAUCUCCACUAGGCACAAGUGUAAAGUAUGUUAUAGGGUUUUCAGAAAGAAACGCAGUCUUCAAAUUCAUCAACUUCUCCACAGUGAAAAACUAAGUCAACUUUUUAAUUGUGAUAACUGUUCAAAAAGUUUUACACACAAGAUUGUAUACCUUAGACAUCAGAUGUUUCAUAUAAAAGAAAAACUGUACAAGUGCAAGGUUUGUUUAAAAUGCUUCUCCAAUCAGCAAAGUUUAAAAUUGUGUCAAAAAAGACAUGAAGGUUUCAAACCUCACCAGUGUCUUGUUUGUUGUCAAAUUUUUAAAAGCAGGCAAGUGUUAAACACACACCAGCUAAGCCAUGCUGGUAAAAAUGUACCUAAAUACCAAAUAAAUUACUCGGCUUUAAAAAGUAGCAAACAUUUGAUAAAGGAAACCUCAAAUAUAGAAGACAAAGGUAAACCAUUUAAAUGUAAGUUCUGUACACAGACUUUCAUAAAGCACAGUAGUUUGAAAGUGCAUGUAAGGACUCAUGUUGGUACAAAGCUAGUAUCCUGUCCCACCUGCAAUCAGUUGUUCUUUGAUGAGCAGAAGUUGAGAAGGCACCAGAGGACUCACGCAAGUGAGAAACCUUAUCGGUGCGGCGUUUGCGACAGGGAUUUUGCUACCAUCCAGUUCCUGCAGUUACAUGAAAAACUGCAUGCACUAAAGAAUCUCAACAGAUGUAGCUUCUGUGGCAAGGUCUUUCUUACUAUCCAGCACCUUGAGCAACAUGAGAAGACCCACUUGGGGAAUCAAACUCAUCAUUGCCAGGUUUGCAAUAAGGAUUUUUCUCUUUUAAAAUCUUUCAAAAAGCACCAAAAGUCCCACUUUAAAGAGAACUCUUAUCAAUGUUCAGUUUGUAAAAAAACGUAUGCCGAUAUUACAGGCGUACACACAUGUUCUAGAAAUCAUAAAGAUGCUGAUUUCUUCAAGUGUGAAAUAUGUAGUAAAGUCUUAAAAAGCAGGCAAACCUUAAAGAUACACCAAAGAAUCCAUACAGGGGAGAGACCCUACAAAUGUAAUGACUGCACCAAAUGUUUUAAAUGUAUUGGGCAAUUACGGGAGCAUGAAAUUAGUCACUCCACUGACAGCCCAUACAAAUGUCACAUUUGUAGCAAGUCCUUCUCCAAAAAUUAUAAUUUAAAAAGGCAUUUAGCAAGUCACCUAAAAUUGAAAAUGCAUACAGCUAUAAGUAAAGCUGAUGCUGCUAGAACUUUAACUAUAGUUGUGUAAGGAACUACAAAAAAAAUGUUAAGAUCCUUAUUUUGUAGGCAUUGAAAACUAAUUGCGCAUCAUAAAUUUUUUUCACUGAAAACUUUUUAAAAUAAAUUUAAAUUGGUGUAACAGAAUUAGUUGUAUUUUCAAUUAUGGGAUACAGUAGGUUUAAUAAAGUUUUUCAUAAAGGUUGUGAAAAGUAAAAACCUUAAGAUUUGUAAAUACUGUAAUUUACUGUAAAAGUGUUGUUAAUUGUUGACUUCACUUAUUGUUAUUUGUUGUUGACAAAUGAAUGAAGUGUCAAAGAAAAUUGUUAUAUAUAUAUCACUGUGUUAAACCAACAUGAGUGUUUUCAUGAAACUAAAGAAAACAUGUCUCACUGAGUUACGAAAGAUGCUGAAUGUGGUAUUUUAACAGGAACUUUGUGUGGAUGAAGAGCUUUGCUGUCAAACUAAAUUAGCAUUAUUCAAUUUGUGUUCAUCACUCUGAAACCAAAAUAAUUUUAUUAAUGAGUUUACCCUAAUUCAUGCAAUUUUAUUUGCCUGAAAAUAAGAGUUAAUAAAAAAAUAUUGGGUGGGUUAUGUGGGGAGAGAACCCACUAAGAGUUGUCAUAACAUUGUUUUGACCUUAGUAUUUGUCUCCUAGACUAAUGAUAAAGUAACAACAACAAAAAUGUAUAUGUUGCUUAUCCAAUCAACUCCUUAUGAUGAUUUGGCAGCAAAACAUGUGUUGUCUAGUUACUAAGUGAAUUUACAUAAUUAAUAGUUUAUUGUAAUCAUCAAACUAAGUUUUUUUUUUUCAAAUGUCAAUUUUCAGCUUUGUUUGUGGCAUACAUGCUAUUAUAUGUUCUUAACCAUAAAAUAUAAAAAAAAAGUUUAAAAAAGCCUUUACUUUAUUUUCUCUAAAAUACAAGUUAAGGAUGUUAAGAGCAAUAUGGAAUGUAAUUAUUUUAUUACUAUGUUAGGUCUACUUUUGCUUAUGGAUCUGUAUCCUAGUAAGAUUAAAUUCAAUUAAUAUUUUUAAUGCAUUCAUUCUUUGGUCAUUAAAUUACUCUUUUAAUUUUUCUUUUCCAUUGAUCUGUACGCUAUGAGAUGCUGUUCACUUUACUUUAAUUUACCAUAUUAUACAAAAACAAAUAUUUUAAACUGAUACAAAAAUGUGUACUAUUGCUUGUAAUAAAGUUUUUUAAUUUUAUAUCAACCAUAAAGUUGAGACACAGUAAACCUGAUGUGUUCUGAUGUUAAGUGACAAAGUAACAGUGCUCCCAUGGUUUGUUUUAACGCUAUGUUCAACUACCUUCUCCUUUUUUUGUAAUAGUAAGGUAUCUAUAAAAUUUCCAUCAAUUAAAUUGAAAUAUUAGCUUAAUAAAUAUUUAAAAAGAAGUUAUAUUUGUUCAUUAUUGCUUAAAAUAUAUUGCUUUUAAAAAAUGUUUAGCAGAUAACUAAAAAAUUAGUUAGAUAAAAUCUUCUUUUACAUGGGUUCUGAUUAUACUAUAAAAUUAAUUAUCUGUAUAUUAAUUAAUGCUAAUGUUUUAGUAUAAAAAGUUGCUUAGUUAACCAACCUGAACCAGUUAUAUUUUUAGUGUGAUGAUAUAUAGUUCAAGCAGAUACCUUACCCCCUAGAUCCGUGUUUUUAAAAAAAUCGUUUUAUUAACUACGUCAGUUAAUAAUUCAUUUUACAAAAUUAUAAAAAAAAUAAGCUGUACUUUGUAAAUACGUUUCUGGUUUCUUUUGUUUGCAACAUGUUUUACAUGUCCACUUUGGAUUAAAAAAUGUAUUGUUUUUAAAACAAUCUACUAAUCCCAAUAGAUUGUUUCUUUAGAAAAGUUUAUGUAAAGGACUUAACUGAAAAGUAGAGAAUACUAUUGUGUGGAAAACUAAAAUAACCCAGACAUUAAUACAAAUGUUUUGUUAAAUGUGUAAGACAAGAUAUCUAUUUUAGUCUUCAUGUACUUUUUAAGAUAAACUUUUGUAAAAAAAAAAUAUCUUUAGACAAAGGGGUUAAUCAUUUGGAUUAUUCUGCUUAGCUCAUGUAGUAUUUUGGUCAAUAAAUUAUUUCACUCUUAUAUGUACACUACAUUAAAGUAAUUGCCUUGAGUUGUUUUAUAUCAAAUAAAGGUUUCUUAUUUGGUUGAAUUAAUCUAGGAAUCUUUUUUCAUGUUAUUUACUUCCUGAUAGAAGGUGACAAUUUUAUUUUCAUUUUAGUAACAGUGAAUUAACUAUGUAGUAAAAAGAAAUAUGUAUUGUUUUUAGUUCUUUGUUUACAAAUCAAUCAUUUUUUUUCUUAAUAAUUUACUGAAACCACAUAAGAAAUAAUGUAAACAAAUUUGCAGGAAAUUUUUGAAUUGUCACCCCUUUUUUCCUACAAUAUUUUACCAGGUUUUGGCGUUUUUAGAAUGUACAAGUUUCCAUUUUUUUUUUAAAGCUAACAAACAAAAGCUUGUAGAAAAGACAUUGAUUUUUUAGCUGCCAAUCCUAUUUACAUUAUUGCUUUUAAAUGACUCCAGUUAUUUUUUAAGUUUUACAUUUUUUCUCUAUUUUUUUUGUUUGUUUUGAUUUAAUGAAAAUUCAACAAAUUUAAUAAAACAGUGCAUGCUAUAUGUUGUACUUUUAAAAAUAAUUAUUGCAUGAAUUUGAAGUUGACAAAUUUAGUUAACAAUUUUUAAUUAGACUAAAAACAAAACUUUAAUGUUUCUGCAUUGAACACAGUAAAGUCAUUAUUCAGCUAUAACUUAAAAUUGAUUUGAUUUUGAUUUGAUUUAUAUCUUUGGUAUGGUUUGAAGAAAAUAGCCUUAUACAGUGUUUAAGUAAUUUUUUUUAGAGUUUUACUCUUGUAUUCUAUUUAA